AUGCCUGUGUGCGGCCCAUGUCACGAUGCUAUUUGCGACAUCUACCCCAAGGUAGAAACCAUCCAACCCAAACGGGAAACCACCGUAGCGUACCCUUCAUUCGAUCCAGACGCUAAGGGAAAAUGCUGGAUUUGCAUCAAACACGCUGGUUUCUUGGAGGACCACUACCCCGCAGUUUAUGAACGAUGGCUCAAGCAUGAACUGCUAGUCACCGUUCAAGCUGAUUUCGCUUCGCUUGAGCAAGAGGCACAACCAAGAACUCUCCAUAGCCCCUCUGACGAAACUUUGCCACCUGACAGUCGUGGUCGUCAAAACUUGGAGGUUCGUCAGUUGAUCCUAUAUCGCAAUCAUGGAAGCGACAAAAAGUCAGGUUGCCUCGUAGAGCUCCAGUUCUACAAGCAAAGAGUAAAUUGGUAUCCCACCCGUCUACUAGACUUGGUUGGAGAUGAGGGCAUGAUAAAUGUAGUUGUCACCCAAGAAGACAGACCCAUCGGGCCGUACAUGACACUGAGCCAUCGGUGGAGCAACUACAAAUAUGAGAAGCUCACUUCGCAGUCGCUCAGUCGCUUCAGGCGCUCUAUAGAUAUAUCGUGUCUGCCACGCGUCUUCCAGCAAGCAAUUGAGGUCACGAGGUUACUUAAGAUCCGUUACCUUUGGAUAGACUCGCUCUGUAUUAUGCAAGAUACUGCCUGUGGGGACUGGAAGGCGGAGGCCUUGAAGAUGGGCGACGUAUACGCGAAUUCUUUUCUCAACUUAUCGGCUUCAUACACAGCUGGUGACGACGAAAACCCAUUCAUCUUCUCUCCUGAGUCUUGGAAUCACGUCCUCCCCUCUAAGAUCGUCCUAAUGGAUGACAAAGAACUGCGCAGUAAUUUCUUCGUCGAUGGAGACUUGUGGAAAGAUGAGGUCGGCGAGUCACCAUUGAUGGAACGUGGCUGGGUCUUUCAGGAGCGAUUUCUAGCACCACGUGUGCUUCAUUUUGGAAUGCGGCAACUGGCUUGGGAAUGCAACGGAGGAGGCGCGCUUCAAAUGUUUCCGGCUGGCCUACCACCUCGUUUUGAGGAUAACUACAAAAAGGAUGUAUGUUGGCCCAUGAUGAGACCGAUGAACACAUUGAGUUCAGAGGAGUUUUGUAGUCGCUGGCAUGAGAUCGUUACUGCUUACUCCGCCUGUCGCCUCACAUUCAAUACGGAUAAGCUUAUCGCUUUUGCCGGGAUUGCCAAACUUAUUCAAUCCGCGGGGCGUGACGAGUACGUCGCAGGAACUUGGAAGAGCACAAUCAUCGCUGAUCUUGCGUGGUGGGUCUAUAAAGCCAACGGUCGGCUGCCUUCGGGCAAUCAAGCGACUCACCGUGCCCCUAGCUGGUCAUGGCUUUCCUUGGACAGGGAGAUAUGUUUUCACCCCUACCCAUCGGCACACCAUAAACAAGAGUAUUUUUGUCGCGUCAUAAGAACUCCGGCAAGAGAGGCAGCCGGGGUUUCGGUGCUUAGUGCAAACGGCAUCCUCGAGCUACAAGGGCUUGUUCUCCCCGUCGAUUCCCUCGAGUGGCACAAUAUGGAAGUCAGAUCCUUCAAGAUAGGCAAUUUCCAGUUGGACUCCUGUGGAGGGCCAGAAAGCACAAACCUCGAUUAUGAUGGCUCUAAAGCAGACAUUAUGAGUCUUGUGUCUCAGCAGCAGCUUUUUAUGCUUCCACUCUACGCAACUGGGAGACUGAUAGUUGGCAUUUUGGUCUCGAAUUUGUAUACUUACCCAGGCUGGCGCAGGAUAGGUGCGAGAGAGGAAGGUGACAGUGUUGGCUGUGUCGAAACAUCAACUACAGCCAUCAGCAGCGAGGCUAAUACAGCCAUAGCCACCACUGAAAGCUCAACUAUUGUCUUCGAGAAUACUACCGCGACCACCACAACCGCCGAAAGAGAGCCGACUUAUCUCGUCAACCCCAGCUUUGACGAUGACACAACCGCCCCAUGGAUAAUGACGUCUUACCCUGACCAGCUCAUCGAUGAUAACAGUAGCAAUGGAUGCCCUUUUAAGAAUGGCGAGAGUUUAACCGAUAUGGGCGGGGCAUCCAGUUUCCCUGGUGGUGAUUGA